AUGAAAAAUGGGUUGUUUACAACAAUAUCAAGAUCGUGGAGCAAGCCAGUUUGGUGGGAUUACAAAGGAAUUGUCUACUUUGAACUCUUACCACCCAACCGAACGAUCAAUUCUGAUGUCUACAUUGAACAACUAACGAAAUUAAACAAUGCUGUUGAAGAAAAGCGGCCCGAAAUAGAAAUCGAAAAGGCGUGGUAUUCCAUCAUGAUAAUGCAAGACACAUAUCUUAAAAUUAUUGGAGCUUGGUUGGGAUGUUUUGCCACAUGCACCAUCAGACUUACUUUUUGUUUCGCUCUUUACAAAACUCCUUGA